CCAGAGGCAUAGAGGCCAAGCAGCCCAACUCUGCUAUCGGAAAGUGUGCUAGAGUUCAAUUGAUCAAGAACGGGAAGAUGACUGCCGCUUUUGUCCCGAACUAUGGUUGCUUAAACUACGUUGAAGAGAAUGAUGAGCUGUUGAUUGCAGGAUUCGGGCGAAAGGGUCAUGCCGUUGGUGAUAUUCCUGGAGUUAGGUUCAAGGUUGUGAAGGUCUUGCGUGUUUCUCUAUUGGCCCUCUUCAAAGAGAAGUAGAAGCCUAGAUCAUAAGUUAGGACGUCUCUUUUGUCUUUUGUUGGUUCCUAAAAUCAAACUAUGAGCAUUUUAUUGCUU